GUGAUGGAAAGCAGAAACUACACAGAAGCUGGUCUUAGGAAGUGAGAGAUAUGGGUCCUGUAGGAGGAGAAAGAAGAACUCAGACAAGCCAAAGCAUCCUCAAAGAGGUCCUGGUGUGGCUCAAUUAGAGAAGAUCAUAUUACAGAAUCAAAUGAUAGCAACCUGCCUCUCUCAAUUUGACUGUGAUUUCCACAAGCAUAUUGGUAGAGUACAGAUGCGUUAUGCAUCAUCUCCCUCCUCAACUACUACUGCCUCAUCAUCAUCAUCAUCACUGUUUGAGCUUCACCAGAGUAUCAUGAUAGGCUUUGGAGACAGCAGAAAUGGACAUCAAACAAAGUGCAUUCAGUUCUGGUGCCACAGCAAGAUGCAAUUGGUGUUCCUCUUCUCAUCAAGCAGUGCAACCUACUGCAGCACUGCCUCCCUUAGAAUAAAGCAUGCAGAAGAUGAACAGACUUCAUGAGGACCAGGCCUUGCAAGAACUCGACUUGGAGCUUAGAUUGUGACUGUGAGAGGUUCUGGGUGGUUCAGUGUUUGAAUAAAUUGUUUCUCUCAGGCAAAAAGAUUGGAAUAGGAUGUUUCAUAGAUGUCACAGAUACAAAUGGUUGAUUGUAACAUGCAGAAACUGCAUCUUGAGGUGAACCAUUGUGAAAU